AUGAACAGCUCUUUCAAAAAGUCUUCUAUCCGUCGGACCAGCUCGGGCUCACAGAAGAGAUCAAAAGCAUGGAUUGAAAGGACCUUCCAGAAAAGAGAAUGCACUCAUAUAAAACCAUCCAAGGAUCCAACUCGGUGUUCAUGUGGUCAUUUGGUGACCCAACAUGCUGCCAUCCAACCAGGUCCAACAGAAAAUCUGCUGGUGCAGGUGGAAUGUCAAGAGAAGUGGACAGUGCUCAAGCACACACAGGCUUUCCCAACCGAUGCAUAUGGCACCAUCGAGUUCCAAGGAGCAGGAUUAGUCAACAAGGCCAUGUACAUCCGAGUGUCUUAUGACACUAAACCAGAAAACUUGUUGCACCUGAUGGUGAAAGAAUGGCAUCUGGAGCUACCCACCCUGCUCAUAUCUGUUCAUGGAGGCCUUCAGAACUUUGAUUUGCAGCCCAGACUCAAGCAGGUGUUUGGUAAAGGCCUGAUAAAAGCUGCAGUAACAACAGGAGCGUGGAUCUUCACUGCAGGAAUCAGCACAGGGGUGAUCCGGCAUGUUGGAGAUGCUUUGAAAGACCACUGCUCGAAAUCCAGAGGAAAGGUCUGUGCCAUUGGAAUUGCACCAUGGGGAAUCCUGGAGAGCAAGGAGGAUCUAUUAGGAAGAGAUGUGAACAAAGCGUACCAGACGAUGUCCAACCCUAUGAGCAAGCUAGCCGUGCUCAACAGCAACCACUCUCAUUUUAUCCUGUGUGAUAAUGGCACAUGUGGGAAGUAUGGAGCAGAGGUCAAACUGCGCAGACAGCUGGAGAAGCACAUCUCUUUGCAGAAGAUUAACACUCGUUUAGGUCAGGGAGUCCCAGUGGUUUGCUUGAUUGUGGAAGGAGGUCCAAAUAUGAUCAUGGUGGUGCUAGAGAGUAUGCGUGAGGAGCCUCCAGUACCAGUGGUGGUGUGUGAUGGCAGUGGCCGAGCCUCUGAUAUCCUUUCUUUCGCCCACAAACACUCAAAUAAAGACGGGACAUUAACGGAGGAUGCCAGAGACCAGCUUCUAGUCACUAUUCAGAAAACCUUUAACUACAGCAAAAGUCAGUCCCACCAGAUAUUAAUCAUGAUCAUAGAGUGCAUGAAGAAAAGAGAACUGAUUACAGUUUUUCGAAUGGGAGCAGAGGGACAACAGGACAUUGAGAUGGCCAUUUUAACUGCUCUACUAAAAGGCACAAAUGCCUCCGCAUCAGACCAGUUAAGCUUGGCUUUAGCCUGGAAUCGUGUAGACAUAGCACGCAACCAAAUCUUUGUGUAUGGACACAACCUACCACCUGCAGGUGCACUAGCCAGUGAGACAUCCACUGUGGCAAGGUCUUCCCAGUCCAGAAGCUCCCCUGCAGGGCCAAACGGAAAUGCAAAGGGCAGAGGCAAGAAGGGCAAAGGAGGAAAGGCCAAAGCAGAAGUCCCACAGGAAAUGGAUCCUAGAAAGUUAGAGCUACUUAACUGGGUGAACUCACUGGAGCAGGCGAUGAUGGAUGCUCUGGUUCUGGACAGAGUGGAUUUUGUCAAGCUGCUGAUUGAAAAUGGGGUCAACAUUCACCACUUCCUCACCAUCCCACGCCUGGAGGAGUUAUACAACACAAAACUUGGACCUCCCAAUACGCUGAGCAGUGUAGUACGAGAUGUUAAAAAAGGUAACCUCCCACCAGACUACCAAAUUACCCUAAUUGACAUUGGAUUAGUAAUGGAGUACCUAAUGGGAGGAGCGUACCGGUGUAACUACACAAGAAAAAGUUUUCGUUCUCUCUACAACAACCUCUAUGGCCUUAAAAGGCCAAAGGCUCUAAAACUCCUUGGCAUGGAGGAUGAUGAUUCGAAUCUAAAAGGGAAGAAGAAAAAGAAAAAAAAAGAGGAGGAGGUGGACGUGGAUUUGGAUGAUCCUGAAGUUAGCCGUUUCCAAUACCCAUUUCAUGAGCUGAUAGUCUGGGCGGUACUGACCAGGAGGCAGAAGAUGGCUCUGUUCCUUUGGCAGCGAGGAGAGGAGGCCAUGGCGAAGGCUCUAGUGGCCUGUAAGCUCUAUAAAGCAAUGGCUCAUGAGUCCUCUGUUAGUGAACUAGUUGAUGACAUUUCUCAGGAUCUAGAUAACAACUCUAAGGAAUUUGGAUCUUUGGCUUUUGAGCUUCUAGACCAAGCAUACAAGCAUGAUGAACAGGUGGCAAUGAAGCUCUUGACCUAUGAGCUUAAAAACUGGAGCAACUCUACCUGUCUAAAGCUGGCUGUGGCUGCCAAGCACAGAGACUUUAUUGCCCACACAUGCUGCCAGAUGCUCCUUACCGACAUGUGGAUGGGCUGUCUAAGAGUGGGCAAGAACCCAGGACUGAAGGUGAUUGUUGGCAUCAUCUUCCCUCCAUCAAUCCUGCUGCUGGAUUUCCGUGUUAGUGAUGACACAAACCAAGGCUUUGAUGAUAAAAAGGAAGCUACAGACAGAAAUGAUGACAAUAAACCCAGCAAGGAGGCCAACACAGACAUCCACUCAAAGAAAGUUGAUGAAGAAAACAGCAAGAAACUAAGUCGAGUACCAAUUGGAAGGAAGAUUUAUGAAUUCUACAAUGCACCUUUUACCAAGUUUUGGUUUAAUACUAUAUCCUACCUUGUGUAUCUUAUGCUGUAUAAUUACAUUGUCCUGGUGAAGAUGGAACGUUGGCCAUCAGUACAAGAGUGGAUAGUUAUCUCCUACAUACUGACUCUGGGCCUGGAGAAAGUUAGACAGAUCCUGAUGUCAGAGCCUGGUAAGCUGAAGCAGAAGAUUAAUGUGUGGCUGGAGGACUACUGGAAUAUCACAGACGUGGUGGCCAUAUCUAUGUUCAUGAUGGGUUUACUCCUCAGGCUGGAGCCUGAACCAUACAUGGGCUAUGGCCGAGUUAUCUACUGUGUGGACAUCAUCUUCUGGUACAUCCGUGUGCUGGAUAUUUUUGGGGUCAAUAAGUACCUUGGUCCCUAUGUCAUGAUGAUCGGAAAAAUGAUGAUUGACAUGUUGUAUUUCGUGGUGAUCAUGUUGGUGGUUCUUAUGAGCUUUGGGGUAGCACGUCAGGCCAUCCUACACCCAGACGAAGAGCCCACCUGGCGUCUAGCUCGAAACAUUUUCUACAUGCCUUACUGGAUGAUCUAUGGCGAGGUGUUUGUGGACUCAAUAGACCGUAAGACUAGAAUUAAUAUUUAUGCCAUGGAGAUCAAUCCACCAUGUGGAGACAACAUGUAUGAUGAGGAUGGUAAGAAGCUUCCCCCCUGCAUUCCUGGGGCAUGGCUCACUCCAGCCAUUAUGGCCUGCUAUUUGCUAGUGGCUAACAUCCUCCUUGUUAACCUGCUUAUUGCUGUCUUCAACAACACCUUCUUUGAGGUAAAGUCCAUUUCAAACCAGGUGUGGAAGUUCCAGCGCUAUCAGCUGAUCAUGACUUUCCAUGACAGGCCAGUGCUUCCUCCCCCUCUCAUCAUCUUCAGCCACAUCUACAUCCUUAUGAGAAGAUUCUGUUACCGCUGUGGCAAGAAGAAGGAAGUAGAGCUGGAUGAGAAGGACAAAGGAUUGAAGCUUUUGCUGAAUGCAGAUGAAUUAAAGUCAUUGUAUGAAUUUGAGGAACAGUGUGUGGAAGAGUACUUCAGAGAGAACGAAGAUAUGCAGCAGUCCUCAAAUGAUGAAAGGAUAAGGGUAACAUUCGAAAGGGUUGAAAACAUGUCCAUGCGCCUGGAGGAAGUCAAUGAGAGAGAGAUUGGCAUGAAGACCUCUCUGCAGACAGUGGAUCUGAGGCUGGCCCAGCUGGAGGACAUCUACUCUCGCAUUAGCAUUGCUUUGGAGAAGCUGGCAGGAAUCGAUCACACUGAAUUACACAGGACGCGGUCAGGGACAUCCUCUGUGUGCGGCCAGUCAUCUCUCCUCCGAACCAGCAGUCUUAACAGUGCUGAUGGAUACAACCUCUAUCAAUACAGCUUUGAUGACUGCUCAGCCACAGAGGAGAAAAAUGGUGCUAAACCCACCCAGUUUUUACCAGGAAUAGUUGGGAAGGCAUCAAGUUCUACAAAGGAUUAUGGGUCAGGCUUAGAGGUAGAGAUUCCCGGACUGAGUAGUCACCCAUGCUUAGGUUUGGACAUCUUGAUCCCACCUUGUGAGAAGACAACUGAAUGUAUUGAUCAGGCUCAAGCUGACAUUUCUCAGAUGCUUCCAAAAUGCGAAGUUCUUGAUACUGCCAUGCCGUUCUCUUUAGAAAAGGUAAAAUCAAUCAGAGAUUUUCAAUCAGAAAAUCCGAGUUCUUCUCCAUCUGCAGUACAAGGGGCAGAAAGCACCAGCUUGCUCUGUUCAGCUGGUGAUUUAGUGUGCUGGGCCAAAGAUCACAAUUCAGGGUGGUGGAGUGCUGGCUCUGAGCACAAGCUUCAACCCAGCCUUUCUGGUCAAUCACCACCAGAUAUACACAUAAUAAAAGCUCCAGAUAAAAACUCUGACAAUCAGUUGAUGCUAAAAGUUGCGUUCAUUAACACAACAGAAAAACAUGAGGAUGGCCUGAAAGAUUUUAAGCAAGAGGAGGGUGCCACAGAGGAUAGUCUAAACUCAACAGAAAACUCAGCCAGAGAUUUAAUAGAGACAAAUCAAAUAUGGGAGAAUAUAGUAGAUGGCAGGAUGUACUCUCUGGAGGGUGUACCAGACUCUUGUCAUCUACAUGUACCUGAAGAAAAGGAGUUCUUUCCUGCAAGAUCCAAGAGCUGGAACAUGAAAUGUACUAAAGCCUUGGCGGUAAUCACAAACAAGUCUCGAGGCUCAAGCAGGGAGAGACGCCUAUCAUGUGGAAGUUCCCCGGAGAAGCCUGAAAAAGAGUCUGACAGUUAA